GCCCGCCGGGCCGCUAGGGGGCGCCGUGGCCGCGGAGCCCGCGCCGCCCCCGCCUCUCUGGCCGCCUUCCCCCGCCCCUUCCGUCUCUUCCGCCGCCGCCAUCGCCGAGACGCCGGGCAGCUCCGCGCCAUGUCGUCUCACAAGACGUUCAAGAUCAAACGCUUCCUCGCGAAGAAGCAGAAGCAGAACCGGCCUAUCCCGCAGUGGAUUCGCAUGAAAACGGGCAAUAAGAUCAGGUACAACUCCAAAAGGAGACACUGGAGAAGGACCAAACUGGGCUUGUAAGAGAGACUGUCUCCUGGGAACUCUAAUAAACACGUGUCUUUCUGCGUCAGAUUGAUACACCCAUAUGCUGUUCGGCGACCCCCAAGCAAUUCCUUCUGUAGUGUUGGACUGCAAUCCCCAGUAUUUGGUUUUUUAUGAGCUAGUCUGGGUUAUUGAUGUUAACUGGGAAAAUCUUGAAGUAAUUUGCAUCUGAAACAUGAAGACUGUGUUCUAUUAGUGUUCUUUCUUUCAGGCAUCAUCAUGAGUAUUGACAGUGUACAGGCUUACUAAUAAAUAUGGACCUGAACGA